GCCUUGUCACUCCAUUUGACUUCCCUGUUACGCGACAUCGCGAACAAGCCAAAGUUAACAGCAUGACUAACAAUACCUACCUUGGUUACUAACGCCUCGUCCUGGUCUGGUAACCCUUUUGCGCACCAAAUCUCGCCACAAUCUCACCAGCAACCAUCACGUGAAAGCUACCAUCAGUAACAUACCUGAUACAGAAAGACGCCCAUCAGCACUUGGUCAAAUACCGACCGCCCACCUUAUAAGAUCAAAACCAAAAUGAGGAUAAAGAUGAGAGCGAAGACUGCGCUGCGCCUGAAUCGUUGCCAACACCGCGCAUUAGCCAUUGUCUUCCCACCAUGACGGCAACAUCCGGACAUCUCGAAGCUUUUGCGCCCUUAACCUGGGCCACACCGUACCUCACUUCCCCGAACUGGGUUGCUUGCGAACGCCAGCGAGGCACCGAAUCAGGUGAAGAUACGGACCGAUUUUGCCGCGACACGAUGCGCGCAAAUAAUGGCGUCCGACACUGGCUAGAGCUCUACGAGAAACCUGCGCCUGGCGCCAAAGUCACAAAAUCCAUAUCUCUGAUCAAAUAUGGUACCGGCUUGAACGGCUUCCCAGGCAUCUGUCAUGGUGGCGCGCUAUUGACGCUCAUGGAUGAAGCAAUGCUGCACAUCCUUGUCGCCAAUACAGUGCUUGAAAACGGCCUUGGCUUUAUGAAAGUUGGGGAAGACUAUUGGAGGCUACAGCUCCAUGAUGGAAAGUCGGCACAAGAGGUGCUCAAGGGCCGAUUAGCGACGGCAACAAUGGACGUGAAACUCCUGGCGCCGGUGCUUUGCCCAGGUGUUGUCGGCAUUGAGACGGAGGUACUUGAAGACAGAAUCACCAAGAUGAGGAUGAAAGCUACGAUGAGGGAUCGACAGGGCAAGCCGUUACUCAAAGUGGAAGGAUUGUGGGUCAAGAUUCGCGGUGCAGCAAAACUAUAACUGCGGGCAGCAAUCUUGUACCAAAUGUACCACGGGAAUCAGACACACUUUUACGAUAGUCCUCUACGCUCUUGUUUUUCCUCAAACAAACUCGAGUAACUUGCCACCAAACGUCUAUCCCCAUCACACGUGCGCAGGGAUCCCGGUUGAUUUCGCAUUGAUCUCGGACACACUAACCAACACGAGACCUUUAAUCUAUUGGUCCUUCCUGCAACGGCAAACCUCCGGGGCCAGUACCUGUAGUAAUGUGUGCACUGUGCAGCAUGUAAACACACAUGCUACCCCUCUGACCUACCAUUCGCCAUGACGUCUGAGGUAACCUAACCCAUCUAGCACCACACCUGCGAGUCACUGCAUCAGACAUCAAGGUCUUUGUAUACUUAAGAGUAAAGGUGUAUUGACAUGAAGACUACAUACACCAUCAAGUUGACGAGUU